AUGGUAAAAGAAUGUGAAAUUUUGAACUUACCUUUCUUUUCUUUUUGUGAACCAACCUUAAGAGGAAUUUUUCUGUCGACAUGUUUAUUCUUAAUCAGAAUCAGAUGGUGUCAUUCUUUGAAAAAUUUCUGUUACAUCUAUAAUGAGGUAAUGAAUAUGGUGUCAUUUACUUACGGUACAACAACUGGAUGGUUAGCUCCAAUACAACCACUUUUGCAAGCUAAUUAUACUGGAACUAAUGAAACGUCACCCCUUGGCAAGGGUGCUCCUGGAUUAACAUCAGAAGAUAUUUCCUGGUUAGGAGGAUACUAUUGCAUUGCUGGAAUAAUUGCAACUCCCCUUUAUGGAUUUUUAGCCAAAACGAUAGGAAGGAAAAUGACGGCUUUAUUAGCUGGAGUACCAUUUAUAAUAACUUACGUUUUGAUACUUCUUGCUACGAAUCCUGCAAUGCUUUUUGUUGGAAGAUUUUUUGCCGGUUUGGGUGCUGGAGGAGUUUCUGUUAUAUCACCCAUGUAUAUUGGAGAAACGGCUGAAAUAAAUAACAGAGGCGUUCUCGGUUCUUAUUUUAAUCUUUUUAUUUGUGUUGGUAUUUUAUCUUCGUACAUAGUCGGCUCUUACACUUCAUAUUUAAUUCUUGGACUCUACUGCUUGUUUUUUCCAAUUUUAUUCGUACUCAUGUGGUUUUGGCUCCCGGAAACACCAAUUUAUUCCUUGAUAAGAAACAGAACGGAUGAUGCUUUAAAUGCUUUAUUUAAAUUAAGAGGAAAUCAUAGGGAAUUAAUAGAAGCCGAAUUAUCAGAACUUACAUCCUCUCUCAAACAAAGGAAUAGCGAACAGAAAAAGGUGUCGCUAAUGGCUAUGCUGUCCGAGCCGGAAACUAGAAAAGGAUUUAUUAUUGGAGGCACUCUUAUGACCAUACAACAAAUGAGCGGCGUAUCUCCUAUUUUGAAUUACAGUGUCGUUAUAUUUCAAGCCAGUGGAAGUGAUAUAUCUCCUCAUUUGGCGGCUAUAACCGUUGGAGCUUUACAAAUUUUUGGAGCCGUAGCAGCAACGUUGACGAUGGAACGAGUCGGAAGAAAACUCCUCUUGAUGAUUUCUAGUAUAGGAAUGGCAAUUUCUUUAGGAUUAAUCGCAAUUUUUUUUUACCUGAAAACAAUCGAUUACGACCCUGAAUUUAUGAAAGCUAUCGGAUGGUUACCAGUAACCAGUAUGGCAACUUACGUGAUAGUUUACGGUUUAGGAUUCGGUCCAGUACCAUUCGUUUUGGUCGGUGAAAUUUUCAAAACAGAAGCUCGAAGUGCAGCAACAUCAUUUUCAACUUUUAUGUUAUGGUUCGAAGCAUUCCUUCUUUUAAAAUUUUACGGAAAUUUAAGCGAUGCUUUUGGAACUGAAGCUUGCUUCGGAUUAUUUGCUAUUUGCAGUGCCUUGGGUGCCGUUUUCACUUAUUUUUACGUACCGGAGACAAAAGGAAAAUCACUUGAAACAAUUUUAUGGAUGUUAGGAGGUGAAAAACCCAAUAGCUAUUCCGAUGAAGGAUCUCCCAUUCCUUUAGUUAACCUAAACGAUAAAAAUCAUAUUGAUCAUCAAAAAGAUGAUGUAAUAGAAAAACUAUAA